GCCGCCGGGCGAGGGUCGAGCUGCCACAGGAGGAGGAGGACCACGGGCCGACGUACUACCGGAUCGGCAUCGACCACGAGUACUCCCCGGACGACGAGGAGAUACCGCGGUGGCGGAUACACUUCCAGUGCACCCGCAUCAAGAAGCUGGAGAACCUCGAGGCCGCCGGCCCGAGGUUGAAGAAGCUGGUCCUGAUUGCGAACUGCAUAGAGGUCAUCGAGAACCUGGACUCGAAUGUCAAUCUUGAGCACCUGGAGCUGUACCAGAAUCUGGUGAAGAGGAUCCAGAACAUCCAACACCUGACCAAGCUCACAACUCUGGACUUGUCCUUCAACAAGAUCAGGACGGCGGAGCCCCUGGGGAGCUGCUGCUUCGACCAGCUCGAGCGGCUAUACCUGUCCAGCAACAAGAUCACGGACGUUGAGGGCGUUUUCCACUUUCCCAAACUACAGAUGCUCGAAUUGGGCUCCAAUAGAAUUCGCGAGAUCCCGCCCGAGAUAGGUCAACUUACCAAUUUGGAGCAGCUCUGGCUCGGCAGGAACAAGAUAGUCUCCAUGGCACUGCCGUCGCUGCCCGCGCUGCGACACCUGAGCAUGCAGAACAACAGGCUGGAAGCAUGGGAUCCCGCAUUGUUCCAUAAUUGUCCGGGCCUCACCCAUCUCUACCUUGGGCACAACAAUCUGCCGGACCUUCCACAAGAGUUGGCGCUCCUGACAGGGCUCAAGGAGCUCGACCUCGCUAAGAAUGCGAUCAAGACUAUUCGAUCGCUGCCUGAACUGACGAAGCUGCAGGAGUUGUGGAUGAACGAUUGCCAGGUGGAGGACUUGGCCGAAGUGCAGAACCUGGCCUGCCUCACUUCUCUUCAUACAGUCUACUUGGAGCGGAACACAAUGCACACCAUAGGCGACGCAGAGAAUGAGGCUAGAUACAAGGAGGCCAUCUUGGCUGCUCUGCCAAAUCUGAAACAGUUGGACGCGGUCAGGUUGACGCAAGAAGUCAAGGUCAUCACCGACGGCAGUGAGCGGACAGUCCUGGGCAUUCGCAAGAGAUGA